CGAAAGAAAAUGAGAAAGGGAUGCUUCCCCAAAGCCCAGGAUAGGCUACUGGAUAACACUCCCACUAUCCUCUCUAUCUCUCUCUCUCUCUCUCUCUCUCUGAGGCAUGGCAACGUCCACAGCACUCCCAUUGUUCUCAUUCUUUUCCUCCUCGAUCUUCCUCUCCUCCUCCCACCAAACCCCAAAGCUGUCUUCUUUAACCUUCAGACCCUCUUCGCUCAAAACCUCAACGAAACCCCUCUCGGUUACCUCCGAGCUCGCCACCCUCCCAGUCCUCUCCUUCAAUGGCGAGAAGAUUGGCGAGACCCACCUCGACCUCAGGUCUGCCCCACCGGACACCGCCAGAGCCGUUGUUCACAGAGCAAUCGUCACGGACCUUCAGAACAAGCGUCGCGGCACAGCCUCCACGCUCACUCGCAGUGAGGUUAGAGGCGGCGGCAAGAAACCCUACCCGCAGAAGAAGACGGGACGGGCCCGACGUGGGUCCACGCGGACCCCUCUAAUGCCCGGUGGAGGCGUGGCCUUCGGGCCCAAGCCCAGAGACUGGAGCAUCAAGAUCAAUCGGAAGGAGAAGAGGCUGGCAAUAUCGACGGCUAUGUCGACCGCCGCUAUUAACACGGUCGUGGUGGAAGAUUUCGGGGACAAGUUCGAGACGCCGAAGACGAAGGAUUUCAUCGCGGCGUUGAAGAGGUGGGGAAUCGACCCAAAGGAGAAAUCGAUGUUCUUGAUGACCGAGGUCUCCGAUAAUCUGAGGCUUUCGAGCCGGAAUAUCGGUACGUUGAAGAUGUUGACGCCGAGGACCUUGAAUUUGUAUGACAUUCUGAAUUCCGAUAAGCUAGUGCUGACUCCGGCGGCGGUGGAUUAUUUGAACUCGAGAUACGGUGUUAAUGCAUAUGAGGGCGAGGGUGAAGAUGAAGAGGACUAUGAAGGAGAUGAAGGAGAAGAAGGACAAGGAACUGAGGCAGAUACGAAUUCUGAUGCAACAGAGUGAUGGUGCCGAGUGUUUUGACCAUCUUAUCAAUUGAUCGAUCUAGGAUCCAUAACUUUCCAAUCCGCCUAAGGGGGUUUCCUGUCCUGCAUAACCAACAGCCAUAUUAUUUUGUUGCUCAAAUCUUAUCAUGUUGCUGGCGGGUUUUGGUAAAUUUUCUAUGCAUCAUUUUUGCAUCAAUUUGGACAUUUGUUUAAUACAAUUAUAUCUAUUGGAUCA